CGCUGCGGCCGGACGGGAGCCACGAGCUGUGCGGGUGCCGGCAUCGGGACAGUGCUGCAGGACCCCGGCAGCCAGGUCGCGUUAGAAUCUCAUUUUCAUCUUCUGUCUGAGCCAGUAGCAACUGGGGAAGAAGGCUGUGCUCUUUGGAGACCCCUGCAGGUGUCGCCAGCCUCAGAGAGCAGGAUGGAUCUGGACGUGGUGAACAUGUUUGUGAUCGCGGGCGGGACGCUGGCCAUUCCCAUCCUGGCAUUCGUGGCCUCGUUUCUCCUGUGGCCUUCGGCACUGAUCAAAAUCUAUUAUUGGUACUGGCGGCGGAGGCUGGGCAUGCAGGUCCGCUACGUUCAGCAUGAAGGCUACCAGUUCUGCUACUCCUUCCGUGGCAGGCCGGGCCACAGACCCUCCCUCCUCAUGCUCCACGGCUUCUCCGUGCACAAGGACAUGUGGCUCAGCCUGGUCAAGUUCCUUCCAAAGAACCUGCACUUGGUCUGUGUGGACAUGCCAGGACAUGGGGGUACCACCCGCUCUUCCCUGGAUGAUCUGUCCAUAGACGGGCAAGUCAAGAGGAUACACCAGUUUGUGGAAUGCCUCAAGCUGAACAAAAAACCGUUCCACCUGAUAGGUACCUCCAUGGGCGGCAACGUGGCUGGGGUGUAUGCUGCUCACUACCCAUCGGAUGUCUGCAGCGUGUGUCUCGUGUGCCCUGCUGGCCUGCAGUACUCAAGGGAUAAUCAAUUCAUAAAACAGAUCAAAGAACUGCAGAAUAUGACCACCUCAGGGAAGAUUCCCCUGAUCCCGUCCACCCCUGAAGAGAUGAGUGAGAUGCUCCAGCUCUGCUCCUACGUCCGCUUCAAGGUGCCCCAGCAGAUCCUGCAAGGCCUUGUCGAUGUCCGCAUCCCUCAUAACGACUUCUACCGAAGGUUGUUUUUGGAAAUCACCGGUGAGAAGUCAAGAUACUCCCUCCAACAGAACAUGGACAGGAUCAAGGUCCCAACGCAGAUCAUCUGGGGGAAACAAGACCAGGUGCUCGAUGUGUCUGGGGCAGACACGUUGGCCAAGUCAAUCGCCAACUGCCAGGUGGAACUCCUGGAAAACUGCGGACACUCGGUGGUGAUGGAGAGACCUAGGAAGACAGCCAAGCUCAUUGUCGACUUUUUAGUUUCUGUGCACAAUUCGGACAACAACAAGAAGCUGGACUGAGGCCCUGACUGCAGCCUGCAGUCUGCACACCGCACCCAUCCCCUUCUCCAAAGUCUGACGCGGCCACCUCUCAGGAAUCCUGCCCCAGACGCAGUCAGCGCCGGCGUCCCUGAGGAAGCCAGUGCCCCUGUGCUAGUCAGCUCCGCAGAGCUUGAAGAAGCCUCCAAGAUGUUCUUCACAAAAUAGAAACUCAUAUGAAACAAAAUUAGAAAACCCAGCCUUGAAAUCUGAGAAGUCUUUAGGUUCGUGUCACAAAGCGGCCGCCUUGAACAAUAAUCACCAAGGACAUCAUUUUCUUUUCUUUUUAAAAAUAUUUUUUUCUGUAUUCAUUUUUAGAGAGGGGAAGGGAGAGGGAGAGAGAGAGAGACACAUCGAUGAGA